AUGUCAAGACAUAUCCCGGCGCCGGAAUAUGGGCCGAACCGGAAAUCAUACAAGACGACCAUGACCUCAGCUGGGGAUAUUUACAAUUCCAUCAUCACGGGCAAUAAGUCGGUCGUGGUCAACAACUACAAUCUUGGAGCCUCUCAGAAUGCGGCGGUAACCAUGGGUGCCAGCAAUUACAGUUACAUGCAGCCACCUCAGCCGAUGUACGGACAGCAGCAGAUGACGUAUCCCCAGGCUGCUAUUGCGCCUGCUCCUGGCUUUCCCAUGAUAGCGGGUGUUGACUGUCAGAUGGUCGCCGCCAACCAUAAUGGGUCUGAUGACUCGUUGAUUAUUCGCGUUCCGCAGCCUCACCCGCAACUAUUCUACCCACAGCUGGCCGCGCCGCAUGUCGCCACUCAUUACGAGCACCACGCUGAAGGAGAGAGGUCUCACGGCCAGCACCACGAUCAUCGCAGCCCUGACGAGCCUUUUGUGAAAUACUGCAAGUGCAACAAAGGUCACACUCAUGUUCACCCUUCGGGGUCGACCCCCACCCACAACUCCUCACCGCCAUCUGAGCACAUGGCCGGACGUUACGUGUUCAACCAGCCAGUUUGGCCUGCCAAUGCCUACGCUCCAGGAGUUACUUUCCAGCCCGCUUAUAACGCAUUUGGAGUUCCACCGGCGCCCAUUGCCUACCCCUACCAGCUCCCGCGCAUCGAGCAGGCCUUGGGUUCACCGCCUAUCAUCCAUCAUCAGAGUUCGCCGAUCCUCCAGCCCACGGCUCCAGUCAUUGCUCAACCCUUGGAUCAGACGGCAGUUCCGCGGACCUCUCCGAACGGGAGCCGUCACAUUCCGAUCAACAACGAUGCCUGGAAUCAGACCCCGACUCCUAUCAAGGAAGCGAGUGAUCACCACAAUUCAGGUAACAGUGGAUGGAAUCAGGUUCCGCCUCCAACCAAGGCAGAGAGCGUUCGUAGCAACAACAAUGGUUGGAACCAGGUCCCGUCUCCGACCAAGGGAGAGAGUGCUCGCCACACUCCAAGCAACAAUGGCUGGAACAAUACCCCGGCUCCGACUAAGGAAGCGAGUAUUCACGUUCACCAGCGGUCGCCCAUCAAGGACUCGAACUCGGGUGGUGGUGGUGGUUGGGGUAGCAAUUCGAACUCCCCUGCCACACCACCGAGCGUUCACGGUGGGUGGGGUGCUAGCAGCCCGCCGGAGUCCGUGAAGAAUGCCGGGUCUGAACGUGGCCAUGCGUCUUCUUCUUCACGUCACAAUCCACAGCCGUCUGCUUCUCAAGAUGCCACCAAGUCUUCCAGCAAGGGCAAGGGCAAGAAGCCGGCGUGGAACGCGGACGGCCCGGAAAAGCCGGAGCCGAGAGCGCAGAAGAAGUCCUGGGAUAAUCGCAAUGACGAAUAG